AUGAUGAUGUCGCCAACUUCCAAGCACAUGCGGACCAUGAAGCCGUUCAACAUGUUCCAUAGACCGGGUAAAUUUUGAAGAUUUUUCUAUCUCUAGGAAGUGGCUGACUGUUCUUCGAAUUUCAGAGGAACUAUUUAAAAAAGUUUCAAUCUUACUUCUUCUCACUACCCCAGGAUUUUCUUAAAAGAUAAGGCAUGAAAAACGACGAUUUCAGAAGGCUCGUUGUGUAUCUGGCUGAACGGAGACAUGGCAGCGGAACGGCCUUUCUGGGUGAAGGCCUGGAAUUCGGCUGUCCGACGCGUUUGCACCGACGGCGCCUCCGGAAGAGUCCUUCAGAGGUUUCCAGGCCUUUGCUUUCUGAAAACCGGAUCUGAUGAAGGAAGAGUGAUCUGAAGAUGCCUCACGCCGUUUGCGGCGACUUCGACUCGAGCAACAACAACACGAUGGAGCACAUGAUGAAAAUGUCUGUCGAGUGAGUUGUUGCUGCUUUUUUCUCCGAAACGGAGUCGGUUUCAGAGUUUGUCCCCUUCUCGAUCAGAACGCCACAGAUCUUCAGAAAACGCUCAAAUAUUGCAUGGAGAUGUUGGAAAAAAAUCCGGAAGUCAAUUUUAUUUUCACUGAAUCAUCUUAACUUCAAAUUUUGACUAAAGAAUUCGAACAUAAGCAACGGUUCCGCAAGAAAUUAAAAGUCCCUCGAAUCUCGGAGCCAGAUUGAAAAACUCCGAAAAUUCAGGUGAAAUGCGAGAGAAUCGUUCUUCUCGGAGGUCUUAACGGCCGCUUCGACCACACAAUGGCGACGUUGUCCACCCUGGCACACUACUGCGAGAUGAAAAUCCCGAUUUAUGCGAUUGACGGUGAAAAUCUCGUCUUUUGUCUGUCGCCUGUAAGGAAAUAUUGAGUCGAAGAAAAUUAAUAGAAGUAAAUUUUGAGGGGGAGUCGAUGAUCAUGUGUGAGCACAACUUGUGUUCAAAGAAGUGCGGCCUGAUGCCGUUGUGUCAGAGAACCACUAAAGUGACUACUCGCGGAAUGAAGUGGAACCUCGGUUCGUUGAAAAAAAGCUUUUUCCAAACAAAAAAGUUGUUCGUUUCCAGACGACUCCGAAAUGGAGUUCGGCAAGAUGAUCAGCACUUCGAACGAAAUCAUGGACGAAGAAAUCUAUGUCAAAUGUUCGGCUCCAACCUUGUUCUCGAUGGAAAUGCACAUGUGA